AUGAAGGGAUUUUUCACCGCUGCUCUGGCCUCGGCCAUGACUGGCGCUUUUGCGCUCCCUUCUCCCAUUGAGAAUGGCCCCAUUACUGCUCGCGCUGCGGCUGCUUGUGCCACUCCUGUUACGCUCUCUGGAAACCCCUUCGCGUCGCGCACCGUCUAUGCCAACAAAUUCUACUCUUCUGAGGUUGUUGCGGCGGCGGCCCAGAUGACAGACUCGGCUAUGGCGGCAAAGGCUCGCAAGGUGGCUGAUAUUGGAACAUUUCUCUGGAUUGAUACGCGUGACAAGAUUUCGGUUGUGGAAGACGGCAUCAAGGAUGUGCCGUGCGACCAGAUCGCUGCCCUUGUCAUUUAUGACCUGCCCGGUCGUGACUGUGCUGCCAAAGCAUCCAACGGCGAGCUGGCUGUUGGCGAGAUCAACAUCUACAAGACGCAGUACAUUGACCCCAUCGUUGCCAUUUUCAAAAAGUACCCCAACACAGCCAUUGCACUGGUCAUUGAACCCGACUCGCUGCCCAACCUCGUCACCAACAGCAACCUCCAGACAUGCAAGGACUCGGCAUCUGGGUACCGCGAGGGCGUCGCCUAUGCGCUCAAGCAGCUCAACCUCCCCAACGUCGCCAUGUACAUUGACGCGGGCCACGGCGGCUGGCUAGGCUGGGACGACAACCUGAAGCCCGGCGCCAAAGAACUCGCAAACGUGUAUAAGCAAGCCGGCAGCCCCAAGCAAGUGCGCGGCAUCGCGACCAACGUCGCCGGCUGGAACUCAUACGAUCUUACCCCGGGCGAAUUCGCCAACGCCCCCGACGGCAAGUACAACAAAGCGCAGAAUGAGAAGAAAUACGUGGAGCUGUUCUCGCCCGAACUCACGUCCGCCGGCAUGCCCGGCCAGGCCAUCAUCGACACGGGCCGCAGCGGCGUGCAAGGUAUCCGUCAGGAAUGGGGCAACUGGUGCAACAUCAACGGCGCGGGUUUCGGGCGCAGACCCUCAUCUAGCACGGGCUCAUCGCUCGUCGAUUCAUUUGUCUGGGUCAAGCCUGGGGGCGAGAGCGACGGCACGAGUGACCCUUCUGCGGCGCGCUAUGAUAGCUUUUGCGGAAAGAGCGAGAGCUUCAAGCCAAGUCCCGAGGCGGGACAGUGGAACCAGGCGUAUUUUGAGAUGUUGGUUAAGAAUGCUAAGCCCGCUUUUUGA